AUGGGAACUCCAGCAGCUUCUACAAUUAGGAAUCAGUACCCCCUUACUGGGCUGUCUAUUCUUAUUGCUGGUGGUGGCAUUGGUGGCCUCACGUUUGCGAUUGAAGGAUAUCGCAAAGGCCAUGAUGUCUGCAUCAUUGAGAAGCGUCCCAACUUUCAAGGCUACGGCGACCUUCUCUUGAUAGAAUGUAACGCCCUUCAUAGCAUCAAGAAGUGGCCUGGCUUCUUCGAGAAGCUAAAGGCCAUCUCGUAUAAGUCCGAGCGAAACAUCAAGAAGUACGACGGAACAUGGAUUGGAAGCUGGCCUCUAGGUGACGGAGAAAAUGAAUCCUUGGCUUUCAACCGUUCUGAGCUUCAUGGUGCGCUCUGGGAGUAUGUUUGUGAGUUGGGUAUUCAAGUGACUUUCUCGACUACCGUGGAGGAUUACUUUGAGACGGACAACGAAGGAGGUGUCAUCCUUGAUGAUGGUCGGAAGCUCACAGCAGACAUAGUCGUUGCUGCUGAUGGAGUUGGCUCGAAAGCAUGGUCCUUGGUCCUAGGAAAGAAAGACUUUCCUAUUAGCUCGGGAUUUGCUUGUUAUAGGGCGACCUUCCCCACUGGGCCAGCGUUAGAGAACCCAAUAAUUGCUAAAGAGUUUGAGGGUUACGUCGAUCGUGCUUCGAUCCAUGCCGGCCCUGGAGCACAUGAUGAUCACAACGCCGAAGAAGACUGGGACAAGACCGUGCCUACAGAUAAAGCCUUGGAAUACAUUAAAGGGUGGGAGCCCUUCCUGACGGAGCUCAUUAAAGCCACACCUGGUAACCGUUGUACGGACUGGAAGUUGCUGUGGCGCAACCCUCAACCCACGUGGGCGUCGCCUAAGGCUCGAGUCAUUCAGCUUGGGGACUCUGCACACUCUUUUCUACCAACCUCGGGUAGUGGAGCUGCCAUGGCCAUGGAAGACGCAUACUCUCUGGCAACAUGUCUGCAGCUAGGCGGAAAGUCUAACUUUGCCUUAGCCAUAAGAGUCCAUAACCAUCUGAGGUUUGAACGAGUGUCAUGUGCUCAAAAGAUGGGAUUCCACCACCGGGAAAAGUACCACAACACUGACUGGGACGAGGUGGCAAAGAACCCCGAUCUAUUCAGUAAGACUACUGCUACCUGGAUUAUGCGCCAUAACCCUGAGGAGUAUGCCUACGAAAACUACGGCAAGGUUGCAAAUCAUAUCCUCACCGGGGCUGCCUUCCGGAACACAAAUGUCCCUCCCGGCUAUACAUACAAGCCUUGGACUGUCAAGGAGCUCAUGGACGCUUCCGACAGGCAUGAGCCUGUGGUUGAUGAAGGUGAUUGGUCAUGA